AUGGAUAAUUCCUACCCAUCUCACCUCUGUAAAGAUUCUCGUAUCUUAGAUGCAAAUGUAUUGAAUUUGGUUAAUGAUGAGUCAAAGCCAGUUUUGAGGUCAACUCAGUCGAUCGGGCAAAUACUCAGCAGAAAGCUGUUGUUAACAGAAGAAUAUGAGAAUGGGAUGCAGACAGAAAAAAGCAAUGGGAAGCACAAGGUGUCAUUGGGUCAAAUGCUUAGUAAACCCCGUGUUGAUCUCUGUGCUACUACUCUAAAGGGUGAGAAGGAUAGUGGUCACAAGCAAAUCCCCACAAAGAGAAAGAAGUUUGGGUUUGCUCAGAUCUUGCUCCUUGUGACAAAGCAAGGUAAGAAAAAGAAGAAACAAACUGCGAGUUCAAGAUGCCACAAUGGUUAA